CUCUUUUUUUUAUGCGAAUACCAAGUCGUGGCAACAGCAAGCACCGCCCACUAGUACCAGUACUACUUUUGCUGCUAUCUUUAAUAGCAACCAGCGUCAAAGCCUAUGUGACUCACUUGAAGCUAGUUGUCUGCGACAUACAAUUUGCCUGUGCGCGUAAUCCAGGGUACAUGCGCAUUCCUGUCGAUCUCAAUGCGGGUACUCUUUUGAAAACCGUCUAUCUCGACAUUAAAGAAGACCCGGCUUCUGCUCCCAUCACAGGCAUUCAGGUUGUAAAGGCAGGAGAUGAACCACCCGGUAACACUUGGACGCGUCUCGAUGGCAACCUCAAUGAGGGUGCACCGGUUGCUGACGACGAUAAUACCGACAAUACGGCGUUGUUCUUGUACUAUACCAAAGAUCGAGCGACGAGUCAUAAUCCUAUUACUUCAAUGAUUGUCAAAACAGGCUCGCAUCCCGUUGUUUCUGCUGACUAUGUUCGUGUACCCAUGAACCUAAAUCAAGGUGUAGGCGGUGAAUCGAUCUACCUAUUUUAUAGCCAAGCAGAUAAUAAAGAUCCAAUUACCGCCAUAUCGGCCAAAGCUUGUUUAACCGAUGACUGUUACAUGGAUGGAUGGCAUAGGGUGGAAAAAGACGUCAAUGAAGGCGUGAUCGUAGGCAUGCGAGUCUAUCUUUUCUAUCAACGUGUACGAGGCCAGCCACCUGUGACAGAUGUUGCGGUUAUACUGAACGACCAAAGCACCCCAGAAGGAUACCAAAAAGUGGAUGUUGAUCUAAACCAACUUACUAUACGUGGUGCAUCAAUUCAUCUAUGGUAUCAAGUCAAGGAACAGCCAACGGAUGAUGAGUAUAAAAACGCCAUUCAGGAGUUGGCAAUCGAGUACGGGCACCCUUCUGUCGUCCCUUUUGGUUGGACUAGGGUGCAGGCGGAUUUGAAUAGCGAUGGGGAUGGUAAAGGUAGCUUUGGAGAGCCUACCUUUUUAUUUUACCGUCGAGGUUUUCCAGAGCUUCCAAAGAUACAACCUCUUGGAUUUGAUGAUGUUGGAUCAUUUAAAAUCCUCCAACUGGCCGAUUUGCAUUUCACGAACGAAGAAGGAAAAUGUCGUGAUGUUCCUAACGACAUGGUUUGCAAGGGUGAUAGUACGACCAUAGAGGGAAUUGAGGGACUGUUAGAUUUGGAACGCCCUGACCUCGUUGUGUUUUCGGGUGACAAUAUUGAUGGCGAAGGCGUCAGCGAUGCUCGUGCAGCAACAUUCAAAUUCGCAGACCCUGUUAUCCAAAGAAAGAUUCCAUGGGCGGCUAUUUUUGGAAAUCACGAUGACGAGAAUGACUUGAGCAGAGAAGAGCUAAUGACGACCAUGUUACAAAUGCCGUAUUCACUUACGCAACGCGGUCCACUGCAUGUCUCAGGGGUUGGCAAUUAUGUGCUCAAAGUACUAUCCAACAAGACGCAGGAAGGAGAGCACAAAUUUUCAAUCUAUUUUUUGGAUUCGGGCGCUUAUACAGAUGAUACCAAGAAGGACUACGAUUGUAUUAAACCAGACCAGCUCGAUUGGUUAAAAGAUACAUCAGCUUCGUUUGCCAGAAAUACUACUGAUUUUGGAUCCCAAAAACCGAACGCCAUGGCAUAUUUCCAUAUUCCAAUCUGGGAGUAUAAUGAAGUGGAGGGCGAACCAAACCCAAGACUAGGCGAUAAACGAGAAUCGGUAAGCAGUCCAAGAGAUGGUGCUGCCAAAAUCCUUGAUGCUAUAAAAGAAGCUGGUGAUAUCAAGGUGACAGGAUGUGGACAUGACCAUGUAAACGAUUACUGCUUGGAUCGGAAUGGUGUGUUCCUCUGUUACGGUGGAGGGUUGGGUGUUGGCGGAUACGGCGCUGGUCAUCUCGGCUGGCCCCGACGUGCCAGAGUCUGGGAAAUUGCUUAUUGGGGAGAUUCUAUCCGGACAUGGAAGCGACUGCAUGACGACCAGUUGACAAUGAUCGAUUUUCAGACAUUAUUAUAAAACCUACAUAUACCACCAAUUGCAUCCACCAACGGCAAACUGUGUAUUAUUACAUAUUUCAAGCUGAAAAUAAAU